GCGGGGGCUGCCGGGGAGCGAGCGGCGGCGCGGGCGGCUCCCGGGUCCUACCCCUCUCCCCUCAGCGGCUCCCGCUCCGUGAAGUCCCGCCGGGGCUGGCGGGCUCCUGUGAGGUGAAAAAUCCCAAACAUGAGCAGCAAUGCACCACACCUGCCCUCGAAGCUGACUGGGCUAGAAGUGGAAUGUAGUUUCCUGACAGAUCUUCUUACAAAGAAGUCGUAAAUCCUUUGUGAUGGCCAACAAGAAAGAGCCUCCUUUUUUCAAUGAAGAUAACAUGGGACCGUUUCACUACAAGCUUCCUUUUUAUGAAACUAUGGAGCUCUUCAUUGAAACGCUCACGGGAACAUGCUUUGAACUGCGAGUUUCUCCCUUUGAGACAGUUAUUUCUGUGAAAGCUAAAAUUCAAAGACUGGAAGGUAUUCCUGUCUCUCAGCAGCACUUAAUUUGGAAUAAUAUGGAGCUGAAGGAUGACUAUUGUUUGAAUGAUUAUAACAUUUCAGAAGGCUGCACCCUGAAGUUAGUUCUGGCCAUGCGAGGUGGACCUAUUAACACCAGAAGAGUUCCUGUGGAAGACCCUAUCAGGGAGAUGGCUGAAUACAUGGAUCCCAGCAGAGAUGAGAUCUGGGAGAAAGCACCAUCCAACAAACAAGUGACCUUCUUAGUAUAUCGAGAAGGAGAUCAGUUGAAUUUCUUCCGUGUGGUAGAUCGGGGAGAUGGCACUUUAACACCAUUAUCUGAAUCCUUGAGGUAA